AUGUUCGAUCGGGAGCGGGGGUGGAACCUAUCCUUCGCCGGCUGCGGCUUUCUCGGGGUCUACCAUGUCGGGGUGUCCAGCUGCCUGCAGGAGAGAGCGCCAUACCUGAUCACUGAGGCCACCAAGAUCUAUGGGGCGUCCGCCGGGGCCCUGAAUGCUGCCGCCCUGGUGUGCGGGUGCUGUCUGGCUGAGUGCUGUUCAGACGUAAUGGAGGUGGCCAAGGAAGCCAGAAAGAGAAACCUGGGUCCACUGCAUCCUUCUUUUAAUCUGGUCAAGAUCCUAAAGAAUGGUUUAUACAGAAACUUUCCUGAAAACGCACAUGAGCUUGCAUCGGGCAAACUGUGUAUAUCCCUCACCCGGGUCUCCGAUGGAGAGAACGUCCUGGUGUCUGAGUUCAGCUCAAAGGAGGAGCUUAUUCAGGCUUUGAUAUGCAGUGCCUUUGUCCCAAUUUACUGUGGGAUUAUUCCUCCGACUUUUAGAGGCGUGCGUUAUGUGGAUGGUGGCAUUAGCAACAAUUUACCUGAAUAUGAACUGAAGAACACCAUCACAGUCUCGCCUUUCUCAGGGGAGUCCGAUAUCUGCCCCAGAGAUAACUCCACCAACUUCCAUGAGCUCAGAGUCACCAACACCAGCAUUCAGUUCAGCCUGGGGAACCUUUACCGGCUAACACGAGCACUUUUUCCACCGGAGCCCAAAGUUCUGGGAGAGAUGUGUCAGCAGGGAUACAAUGAUGCACUUAGAUUCCUUAAAGACAACAAUCUCCUAAAUGCGCCAUUGCCCACAGCAUAUCUGUCUUUAGGGGAGGAGAAGCCUAUUGCCUGCAGCAGUCCGGAAUGCAUUAUGUCCCCUAAUGUAAAGGAAGUACAAGAAAAGGAAGUAGAAAAGAAGCCUCUUGUGAAGCAGGAGAGCUGGCAUCUGGAUAGAAGAAUAAUGGAAAAACUACCACCUAGACUCUGCAAAGCAUUACAGGAAGCCUGUAAAGAGAAAGGAGGACUCUACAGCCAGAUCACUGGUCUCCUGCCCAUAAGAGUGGCCUCUUAUGUGGCUCUGCCAUGCACUCUGCCAGUGGAAUCUGCUUAUUCUCUAGCUCUGAGAUUAGUAGAUUGGUUCCCUGAUAUCCCAGAUGACGUCCGCUGGAUGCGCUCGGUAGCUGGUGCUGUGUAUCAUCAUGCAAGGAAAAGGUUGCUCCCACCAAGGCCGCCAGUUCGCAGCACCUUAAGAAAGUGCCUGAGCCUUCCAUCUCCACUCCUGCAUGCCUCCACCUAUCUGUCUCCCAAUAACUACUCUUCCAUGGACCUGGAAGGCUGGGUGUUUGACUUUUCCUCCCCUUUGAACUCAAAUGCUCUGAAUUCUGAUUUACACACAAGGAAACUUGCUCUCCCCUCUUUUGACCCUGAUGACUCUGGAAUGGAAUUAUCCAUCUCAGGAGAUGACAUGGACUCCUAUUCCUCUUCAGAAGUGAAUUUCUAG